UAAAUCUAUUUGAUCAGUUUUUUUUUCCAGAAAUACUUAAAUGGGUUAUUUUGAUAAAAACUAAAUACUCAAAACUGAUUUUAAAUUAACGUUCAAAUUUUAUAUCAAAAUGCUAAUAUCAUAUAUAUGUCAACUACUUUGAAGUUAGUGACAUUAUAUUCAAAUAAUCAUUUGAAAGCAACCUCAAAAAGAAUGAUAACUCAUUCUAUUUUUGUUUGAUUUUAGUUUCCUUGGUUUAUUCCUAACUAGUAUAAAACAAAAAACAUACAACAACUUAAAAGUCUCCAAUAUUUUGGAGUCAAAGGAUGCAAUUUAAAAUAGUUUCUAAUAUCAUGCAAACAUAAACAAGUAAAUACUCACCGCGUUUGGUUGGAUUGGACACUUGGUAAAAAACAUACUGUUGAGUUUUUGACAAAGAUUGCCCCCUCCACUUGACAACUAUAUACUAAACUCUCCAUAUUUGUGUCUCUUCUACUAAAUCAAAGCUCAUAAGCAGAAACCUUCAAGCUCUUCCCUUUCCUGCACCUCUUUUUUGUUUUUUUAAGAGUUUUUGGCACUAGGAGAGAAGAAACAAUCAAUGGCACCAGAGGAGAAUAGCACGUGCGAGCCUUGCAAAACGUUCGGGCAAAAGUGCAGUCAUGUCGUGAAGAAACAAAGAACUAAGUUUUAUAUUCUACGCCGUUGUAUCGCUAUGUUAGUCUGCUGGCGUGACAACAACCACGACCGAAACGACUCUUGAUUGCUUCUUUAUGGAUAAACUAUUUUCCUUUUCUACUUAAUUAGCAUUUUACUCUCUUUUUUCUUUUUUUUUCGCUCAAAAGACAUGUAAUUUAGUAGUUUUUCUUGCACUUACUCAUUGUGUCAUUAUCUGAAUUCAAAAUCCACAUAAUGUAUGUCAAGUUCUUUUGGGUUAUCUAGGGUUUUCAUCUUCAUAGUUUUAGAAUAAUAUAUACAUAUAUCUA